AUGACCAGGAGUCAUCCCGUCGACGAUCUCACGAACGCCAAGAGAAUGAUAACGCUGUGCAUCUUGAUCGUCCAGACGCUCUUCGUGCUCUGGUGCUUUUACUACUUUCUGGGCCUCAUACUGAUCGCCACGUGGAAGCUCUUAUUGACUGCCACCUUCGUGGCAGUUAUCGCUGUGGGCAAUGCCCAGAGAAGCGUAAGAGCCUACGACUUCGACAACACAUUGGAGGACCAUGAGGGUUAUAACUACGAAAAACCACAAAAACCCUUCCCAGAAAGACAGAAACCAAACAGAGGUACAAGACCACCUCAGGUACAAACUUCUUCGUUCAAACCGUACUCCGAACCACAGCCGUUGUCGGAGGAUUCUUAUGAAUACACCGUACCAGCGUUUGAGUUCACGAAAAAACCACGCAAGCCUGUAACUACACCAGCUCCAAGCAAAAACAAUGCAAUUGAAGAGACUGGAUACAACUACCCACAACCAGGAAAUCAAUAUCCAUCGGUUGAAAAAGAUGCUUACUAUUACGAAAAACCAAGUGUCAAGUUCCCAGCCGUAGUAAGCACUACGACUACUCAGAAGCCAUACGUUUAUGUGCCACCGUCGACUACUCAGGCACCCAAAGUUGUUCCAAAGGAAAAAGAUGCUUACUACUACGAGAAACCGGAAGUGAAAUUCCCAGUUGUAGUCAGCUCUACCACUACCCAAAAGCCAUACGUUUAUGUGCCACCAUCAACUACCCAAGCACCUAAAGUGGUACCGAAAGAAAAGGACGCUUACUACUACGAGAAACCGGAAGUGAAAUUCCCAGUUGUAGUCAGCUCUACCACUACCCAAAAGCCAUACGUUUAUGUACCACCAUCAACUACCCAAGCACCUAAAGUGGUACCGAAAGAAAAGGACGGUUACUACUACGAAAAACCAGAAGUAAAAUUCCCACCAGUCUUCAGUACUACCACUACCAAAAAGCCAUACGUCUAUGUGCCACCAUCAACUACCCAAGCACCUAAGGUCGUUCCAAAGGAAAAGGAUGCUUACUACUACGAAAAACCGGAAGUGAAAUUCCCAACAGUCAGUACUACCACGACAUUCAAGCCAAUCUACGUAGCACCAGUAACUACGCGAGCACCAGCUAAAGUUGUGACAGAAAAGGAAGGUUACUAUUACGAAAAACCAAAAGUAGAAUUCCCAGUAGUAGUCAGUACUACAACUACUCAAAAGCCAGUCUACAUUCCACCAUCAACUACACAAAAGCAGUACGUGCCACCAUCAACCACCCGUGCACCUGCUAAAGUUGUGACAGAAAAGGAAGGUUACUAUUAUGAAAAACCAAAAGUUGAGUUCCCACCUGUCGUCAAGACUACAACUACUGAAAAGCCAUACGUGCCACCAGUCACCACACGUAAGCCUAUCUACAUUCCACCAGUAUCCCCUACCACUCAAGCUCCUAGAUACGUACCACCACAGACAACUGGUUAUACUUAUCCAACACCCCAGGAAAGAAUCACUUUCCCACCAGUGACUACCCGUCAACCUACCACUCAAGCUCCAAGGUAUGUUCCUCCUCAAACAACCAGAGCUCCACCAAAGUAUGUACCACCACAAACUACUCAAGCUCCUAAAUACGUGCCACCACAGACAACUGGUUACACUUAUCCAACACCUAAGGAAAUAUUCACUUUCCCACCCGUAACUACCCGUCAACCUACUACUCAAGCUCCAAGGUAUGUUCCUCCUCAAACAACCAGAGCUCCACCAAAAUAUGUACCACCACAAACUACUCAAGCUCCUAAAUACGUGCCACCACAGACAACUGGUUACACUUAUCCAACACCUCAGGAAAGAAUCACUUUCCCACCAGUGACUACCCGUCAACCUACCACUCAAGCUCCAAGGUAUGUUCCUCCUCAAACAACCAGAGCUCCACCAAAGUAUGUACCACCACAAACUACUGAAGCUCCUAAAUACGUUCCACCACAGACAACUGGUUACAAUUAUCCAACACCAAAGGAAAUAUUCACUUUCCCACCCGUAACUACCCGCCAACCUACCACUCAAGCUCCAAGGUAUGUUCCUCCACAAACAACCAGAGCUCCAGCUACAUACGUUCCACCACAAACUACCCGAGCUCCACCAAAGUAUGUUCCACCACAAACUACUCAAGCUCCUAAAUAUGUUCCACCACAAACCACUCAAACUCCAAAAUAUGUGCCACCACAAACAACUGGUUACACUUACCCAACACCCCAGGAAAGAAUCACUUUCCCACCAGUAACUACCCGUCAACCUACCACCCAAGCUCCAAGGUAUGUUCCUCCACAAACUACCAGAGCUCCACCUAAAUACGUUCCACCACAAACUACUCAAGCUCCUAAAUAUGUGCCACCACAGACAACUGGUUACACAUACCCAACACCUAAGGAAAUAUUCACUUUCCCUCCAGUAACUACCCCAACCAGAGCUCCAGCUACAUACGUUCCACCACAAACCACCCGAGCUCCACCAAAGUAUGUUCCACCACAAACUACUCAAGCUCCUAAAUACGUUCCACCCCAAACUACCCAAGCUCCUAAAUAUGUGCCACCACAGACAACUGGUUACACUUAUCCAACUCCUCAGGAAAGACUUACUUUCCCACCAGUCACUACCCCAAAACCAACCACUCAAGCUCCAAGGUAUGUUCCACCACAAACAACCAGAGCUCCAGCUACAUACGUUCCACCAACCACUCAAGCUCCAAGGUAUGUUCCACCACAAACAACCAGAGCUCCAGCUACAUACGUUCCACCAACAACUCAAGCUCCAAGGUACGUUCCACCGCAAACAACCAGAGCUCCAGCCACUUAUAUUCCACCAGCAGUAACAACUCAAGCACCCAGAUACGUUCCACCACAAACAACUAGAGCUCCAGCUACUUAUGUUCCACCACAAACUACCAGAUACGUUUACACAACAACCACCCAAAAACCUUACACUUAUCCCAAGAUUGAACUGCCAACCACAACUAAAAGGCCAUCAUACACAUACUUGCCACCGGGUCCAGUAACAACACGUGCUCCUUACGUGCCACCAGUAACCACACGUGCACCUUACGUGCCACCAGUAACCACACGUGCACCUUACGUGCCACCAGUAACUACACGUGCACCUUACGUGCCACCAGUAACUACACGUGCUCCUUACGUACCACCAGUAACCACACGCGCACCCUACGUGCCACCAGUAACCACUCGCGCUCCUUAUGUGCCACCAGUUGUCACUCAAAAACAAACUUACUUGCCACCAAAGACCACCGUCACAACACCCCGUCCAACUUCCUACCUGCCACCCAGAACUCCAGCUACCAAUGCUCCAGUUCGUCCACCCGCGUACUUGCCACCAUCCACCGCAAGGCCCGUUUACCCCACGGUAACGGCCCCACCACUACCACCAGUUGUCUACACAUCCACUCCACGCGUCGAGGUAACUUACAAGCCAGUUACCGGCAAACCAGCGCCACUCAUCCCCCUCCCACCUAGCACACAGAAACCCACCACGGGCUACAACUAUCCAAUUCCAGAACUUGCAUUCGACUUCUAA